AUGGCCCUAGACGGCGAGCGGGGGAAACAAGAGGAGGAGAAGAAAAAGAAGAAGAAGAAAAAGAAGAGGAAGAAGAAGGAGCAGGGGGCUCAGAAGAGCGGCUCCCUCUUCGCGGCCGCGAUGGGCGAGAACGACGCCGCGCUCCGGGCAGGCGGCAGGGGGCUCUCGGACCCGUGGGCGGACUCCGCGGGGGUGCGGCCCCGCACCACCGAGCGCCACAUCACGGCGCACAAGCGGCUAGUGCUGGCCUUCGCGGUGUCCAUCGUGGCGCUGCUCGCGGUCACCAUGCUCGCCGUGCUCCUCAGCCUGCGCUUCGACGAGUGUGGGGCGAGCGUGCCGUCCGGCGCCGACGGCGGGCCGGCGGGCUUCCCGGCGCGCGGCGGCAACGAGAGCCUUCCGGGCCCGGCCCGACGGAACCACCACGCCGGCGGGGACCCCUCGCAGCCCGCGGCAGGCGCGGAGGCCACCGCUGAGACCCCGUCCGCCCAGCCGCCGUCUGGGGAGGAGCGCGAGCAGUGGCAGCCGUGGACGCAGCUGCGCCUGUCCGGCCACCUCAAGCCGCUGCACUACAAUCUGAUGCUCACCGCCUUCAUGGAGAACUUCACCUUCUCCGGCGAGGUCAACGUGGAGAUCGCGUGCCGGAACGCCACUCGCUACGUCGUGCUGCACGCCUCCCGGGUGGCGGUCGAGAAGGUGCAGGUGGCCGAGGACCGGGUGGCCGGGGCGGUCCCGGUGGCCGGCUUUUUCCUCUACCCGCAAACCCAGGUCCUGGUGGUGGUGCUGAAUAGGACUCUGGACGCGCAGAGGAAUUACAAUCUGAAGAUCAUCUACAACGCCUUGAUCGAGAACGAGCUCCUGGGCUUCUUCCGCAGCUCCUACGUGCUCCAUGGGGAGAGAAGAUUCCUCGGUAUUACUCAGUUUUCGCCUACACAUGCCAGAAAGGCAUUUCCUUGUUUUGACGAGCCAAUCUACAAGGCUACUUUCAAAAUCAGCAUCAAGCAUCAAGCAAGCUAUUUGUCUUUAUCCAAUAUGCCAGUGGAAACUUCUGUGUUUGAGGAAGACGGAUGGGUUACGGAUCACUUUUCACAAACCCCUCUCAUGUCCACGUACUAUUUAGCCUGGGCAAUUUGCAACUUCACAUACAGAGAAACUACCACCAAGAGUGGGGUUGUAGUACGCUUGUAUGCAAGACCCGAUGCUAUCAGAAGAGGAUCCGGGGACUAUGCGCUCCAUAUAGCAAAGAGAUUAAUAGAAUUUUAUGAAGACUACUUUAACGUGCCCUAUUCCUUGCCAAAACUAGAUCUUUUAGCUGUGCCUAAGCAUCCGUACGCUGCUAUGGAGAACUGGGGACUAAGUAUUUUUGUGGAACAAAGAAUACUGCUGGAUCCCAGUGUUUCGUCUAUUUCUUAUUUGCUGGAUGUCACCAUGGUCAUUGUUCAUGAGAUAUGUCACCAGUGGUUUGGUGACCUCGUGACUCCCGUGUGGUGGGAAGACGUGUGGCUGAAGGAAGGGUUUGCUCACUACUUUGAGUUCGUUGGCACAGACUACCUCUAUCCCGGCUGGAACAUGGAAAAACAAAGGUUUCUGACGGAUGUUCUACAUGAAGUGAUGCUGCUUGAUGGCUUGGCCAGUUCCCAUCCAGUAUCACAGGAAGUGCUACGGGCAACAGACAUUGACAGGGUGUUUGACUGGAUCGCAUAUAAAAAGGGUGCUGCUUUAAUUAGAAUGCUGGCUAAUUUUAUGGGCCAUUCAGUGUUUCAAAGGGGUUUGCAAGAUUACUUAACUAUUCAUAAGUAUGGCAAUGCGGCCAGAAAUGAUCUCUGGAAUACACUAUCAGAGGCUUUAAAACGGAAUGGAAAAUACGUAAAUAUACAAGAAGUAAUGGAUCAGUGGACUCUCCAGAUGGGUUAUCCCGUUAUCACCAUCUUGGGAAAUACAACAGCUGAAAAUAGAAUAAUAAUUACCCAGCAGCAUUUUAUUUAUGAUAUCAGUGCUAAAACUAAAGCACAUGAACCUCAAAAUAACAGCUACCUGUGGCAGAUUCCAUUAACUAUUGUGGUAGGAAAUAGAAGCCGUGUGUCUUCAGAAGCAAUUAUUUGGGUGUCUAACAAAUCAGAACACCAUAGGAUAACUUUGGACAAAGGAAGCUGGUUGCUGGGGAACAUCAAUCAAACUGGCUAUUUUAGAGUCAACUAUGACUUAAGAAACUGGAGAUUAUUAAUUGAUCAAUUAAUCAGGAACCAUGAGGUUCUCUCUGUCAGCAACCGAGCAGGUUUGAUCGACGAUGCCUUCAGCCUAGCCAGAGCUGGGUAUUUGCCUCAGAAUAUUCCCCUGGAGAUUAUCAGAUACCUGUCUGAGGAAAAGGAUUUUCUUCCUUGGCAUGCUGCCAGCAGAGCUCUUUAUCCUCUAGACAAAUUACUGGACCGCAUGGAGAAAUACAACGUCUUCAAUGAAUAUAUUUUAAAGCAAGUUGCAACGACGUACAUCAAGCUUGGUUGGCCAAAAAACAAUUUUAAUGGAUCUCUUGUCCAAGCGUCCUACCAACAUGAAGAACUACGUAGAGAAGUUAUAAUGCUGGCAUGUAGUUUUGGCAACAAGCACUGUCACCAACAAGCAUCAACACUUAUUUCAGAUUGGAUUUCCAGCAACAGGAACAGAAUACCACUAAAUGUUAGAGACAUCGUCUACUGUACAGGAGUUUCACUACUGGAUGAGGAUGUCUGGGAAUUCAUAUGGAUGAAAUUCCACUCUACCACGGCCAUUUCUGAGAAGAAAAUACUAUUGGAAGCCUUAACUUGCAGUGAUGACAGGAAUUUAUUAAAUAGGCUUCUAAAUCUAUCACUGAAUUCUGAGGUGGUUCUGGAUCAAGAUGCAAUUGAUGUGAUAAUCCAUGUAGCUCGAAAUCCACAUGGUCGAGACCUUGCCUGGAAGUUUUUUAGAGAUAAAUGGAAGAUAUUAAAUACCAGGUAUGGAGAAGCACUAUUUAUGAAUUCCAAACUUAUCAGUGGUGUUACAGAAUUUCUUAAUACUGAAGGUGAACUGAAAGAGCUAAAGAACUUUAUGAAGAGCUAUGACGGAGUAGCUGCUGCCUCUUUCUCAAGAGCUGUGGAAACUGUCGAAGCCAAUGUACGCUGGAAAAUGCUUUAUCAGGAUGAGCUUUUCCAGUGGCUAGGAAAAGCUCUGAGACAUUAA